UCAAAACCAACCCCCUUCACACAUACAAACACUAGCCUUUCUUGGUUACACUCCACUACCCAUUGUUUUUAUUUUAUUACCCAAAAGAAACAAAGAAAUGCCCUAAAAAUAAAAAUAAAAAACCACCCCUUUUAUUUUUUCUGUUUAAUUGAAGAACAAGAAUCAAAAUAGUGAAACACCCUUUUCAUUUUGCUCCUUGUUUUCUUCACAAUUUUGCAGUUUUUGUCAAUGAAGUAAAAAAUUUUCUUUAUUACUAUUACUAUUAAUUACUAAAGCUUCAAUCUUUUUCAACAAUUAAUAACUAAAGCUUCAUCCUUUUCAACAAUCUUGAAUACCCAUUUGGAUUUCAGAUAGAAACCCAUGAAUCCUCAAGUCUCAUAAAGGUUUGUUUGAUGCUUGUUGAUCAUGAGAGGGGAAACAUCAUGGGUUAGUCAUAGUCUGUAUAUUGCCAAAAACAACAGGAACUUCAAUCCGAUACCAGAGGCUAAUGACGAGGGUAAUAAGGAUGACCCGCCUGUGAUUUCUGUUGAUUUAAUCCUGCCUGAUGAUUUGUUAGAGCGGAUUCUAGGUUAUCUCCCUAUUGCAAGUAUCUUUCGUGUUGGCUGUGUGUGUAAAAGAUGGCAUGAAAUUGUGAACUCUAGGCGGUUUUUAUGGAAUGUGUCACCCUUGUCAUCACAAAAACCAUGGUAUUUCAUGUUCACGAGCUCAGAUGAACCGACUGGAUAUGCUUAUGACCCUGUUUUAAGAAAAUGGUAUGGAAUUGAGCUGCCAUACAUGGUCAAAACCUCAAGAUGGUUUAUAGCCUCAUCGUGUGGUUUGGUUUGUUUCAUGGAUAACGAUAGUAGAAGCGAGCUCUAUGUGUGCAAUCUGAUCACCAAAUGCUGUUUCCGCCUUCUGGAGCCGCCUGGUUUAAGAUUUUGUGACUAUAGUGCCCUCUCGAUCUCAGUUGAUGGGUCAACAAACUAUACCGUGAGUGUUGUGAAAUCUAGACAAGUACCAGACAAUUACUUCCAGUGGGAUCUCUCUAUCCACGUGUACGACUCAGAGACAAUGGUGUGGACCACGACUGUGACUGAGAUGCUGACGGGAUGGAGAGGUGGCGAUGAGAGUGUGAUAUGUAACGGGGUUUUGUAUUUCUUGAUUUACUGCACUGGCUCCUUUCAAGAAAACCGACACGGUCUGGUAAGUUAUGAUCUUGCAACCCGAUCACCUGUUCGUAAUUUGCUGACACGGGGUUUCAUUUCUGUCCCGUGCUCUCUUACUUGUGGGCGGUUGAUGAACCUUAAAGGCACACUAGUGAUGGUGGGAGGGAUCGGGAAACAAGAUAGACAAGAUAUCAUAACAGGGAUUGGGAUUUGGAUUCUUAAAAGCUCUAAAGAAUGGCAAGAAGUGGCCAAGAUGCCACACAAAUUUUUUCAAGGGUUUGGUGAGUUUGAUGAUGUUUUUGCUAGUAGUGGGACCGAUGAUCUGAUUUACAUUCAGAGCUACGGUGCACCGGCUCUUUUGGUGUUUGAUCUGAAAAGGAAUCAAUGGAAAUGGUCUCAAAAAUGCCCCGUUACAAAAAGGUUUCCGCUUCAGCUCUUUUCCGGAUUCUGCUUUGAGCCUAGGCUUGAAAUCUCACCUUAAACUGCAUUAACGCGACCAACCAGGCCCGUUGAAACUUGUAAGGAUUUUCUGCGUAUAUUCCGGGGUGUCCAUGAUCUAAUUGAAUCUUAUUUUGUCAAAGUAUGUGUUGCACAAGAGAUUUAAGAUUCAUUUUGUUGUAUCCUAUGUGAUUAUGUGCAAAUUUAUAACACUAACUUAUGUGAUAUCUGCACAACAGAUUUAUGACACAUUUGCUAUAUUCUUGUGUUGGUUUUUA